CACGGGACCCGCCGCGGCGGUGGGGGGCGUUCCGCGCCUCCGCCCUCACGUGACCGGGGCGGCGGGGCCUCUCCCUCCCCUCGCCCCGCCGCCGCCCCGGGCCGGGCCCUGCUGCGCCUCGCCAUGGGCUGCUGCUACAGCAGCGAGGCUGAGGCCUCCGACCAGGAAGAAGAGACGAAGCGGCUGCUGGAGCCAGCAGCCAGCCCUCCCAACAAGGUGCUGAACGGAGCAGAGCAGAGCUACCACAACCUCCCGUCGGCACGCACCGAUGAGCAGGCCAUGCUGUCCUCCAUCCUCGCCAAAACAGCCAUCAACAUCAUUGAUGUGUCAGCGGCGGAUUCCCAGGGCAUGGAGCAGCACGAGUACAUGGACAGAGCCAGGCAGUACAGCACACGCCUGGCCAUGCUGAGCAGCAACCUGACGCACUGGAAGAAGCUCCCGCUGCUGCCGUCUGUGACCAACCAACCGCACCAAGUGCUCGCCAGUGACCCCGUCCCCUUUGCAGAUCUGCAGCAGGUGUCCCGGAUAGCCGCCUACGCCUUCAGCGCGCUCUCACAGAUCCGCGUCGACGCCAAAGAAGAACUGGUUGUACAGUUUGGCAUCCCCUGAGCCCACCCCGCAGCACCGCAGCUUCACCAGUUUUGGGUUGUUUUUUUUGGAUUUUUUUUUUGUUGUUGCUGUUUUUCCCGGUUUUUUUUGCCUUUAUUCCCCCUCCCCUUCCCCGACACAACCUUGUACAGACACCCGGUUUCCUAUUAACGGCUGAGACACCCGUGGCCGGCACACCGACCCCGGCGCGGCGUGGGGGCUCUCCCCUCCGCGCAGUCGGUGGGUGGGCGCACGUGGGGAGGGGGCUGUGCUUGCACAGGGAUGACCAGAAAGGGAAGGACGGCCCCGGUGUGGGCGAGCACCGCUGUGCUGGGACAGGACAGGUGGGAGCCGCGCGGUGCCGGAGCCGGGCAGCCGCGGACGUGACGCUGCGCAGGACCCGGUGGCUUCCGACACCCUCCCUGCGUGAUUUUACAUCUUUGGACCUUAUUUUGGGGUUGGUUCUUUGUUUUUUUUUUUUUUUUUAAUUAUUCUAUUUGGCCACAGUAGAUAAAACCAGGUUCAUCCAG